CCUCACCUCCCUUGUCCCCAUGCUCCCUCGCCCGAGGAGGCAAUGGCACCCACUUCUUCCUCCUCGGACACAGCCCUCACCUUGGCGCUGGAGAACCAGACACGUUCUCUGCUCGCGGAGCUCGACAAGCGGUUCACGGCGCUCGACUCCACGUGGGAAGCGCGAGUCGCGGCGCUGGAGCCGGUUCACAGCAUCAAGGGCAGCUACGGCUCCACCGACCCCGACGCACUGCACGAUUUGGACGCCAACACCAUCUUCCUCAACACCGGCGAAGGGCCUGAUUCGGACGCCGACAACUUCUUCAUCAACAUUGGCGAAGGGCCCGUAGGGCCAGUUGUUGGCGAUACGGUCGUAGGCGCGCUCGGUGAUGUGGGCGUUGUCCUAGAUCCAGUGGUGGAGGAGGUACCUGUCGACGCGCCCACCAAGUGCUUGAUGAGAGUCAUCAACCGCGGCGACUACUACAACCCAGACGCUUCCUCCGCCGUCGACAUGGCGGUGGUGCUGCUCGCCGACGCGGGCUGCAAGCUCCUCGUCCCGCCGCACCACCCUCUGGCCCUCCCCUCGCCGCACUCUUCGCGGCUCGCCUCUCACGCAAGCUCUCCGCUAGCGGGGACGCCUCCUCACCCUCGGCCCCCACCCCGCGCCUCCUUGAGGGCCUCACCGCCUUCGCGGCCUAUUCGCCUACGCGGCUCCGCCAGAUGCUUCUCCCGACCGCCCCUCACGCGUCGAGCCACGCUCGCGCGCUCCUCUCCUUCCCUGCACUCCACUGCUCACUCGAGCACUUAUAGAGAAGGUACAGGAUCACCACUACUCCAUCUCUAUCAAGUGAUGCUGAUCUGUUAUGUAUUUCCACCAAAUUUCAAAGGGCACUGAAAGUGUUUGUGGUAAUGAGUGUUCAGACUCAACUCAUGCUAGACCCAUUGCCUACUAUGGUGCUUGGCAUAAAACCUUGGCUACCACCUCAGCAACACUGCGACAUUUGCAUGUCUGACAUUGUUCAGCUAUGCUUCUGUACUUGGCUUGUAUUGAGUAGUGCUUGGAUUGAUGUAGAACAAAAAUCUCCAUGGCCACCACCUACACUAGGCUUUAUGCACAGUGAUGUUGUUCAAUUAAGGCCAACACCAUGGCCUCCAUUUAGACUGCAUAGUGGGGUUGAUUGGAUUACUUGUUAUGGUGGAUAUAUGCAUGUUAAUGGUGACAAGAUUCUACA